GCCGACAAGGACCUUUCUAGGGGUUGUGACUCCGUUGAUUUGUACGUGGCACUGCUUCGUGUGUGACUUGUUUGUGCGGCCUUCGACUGGAAGCGGCGCAUUUUCGGUGGUGUGUUUCGGCCUGAGACUGACUCGAUUCAGUAGCGAACGAGCUUCGAACGGGUGUAGAUGGUCGUUUGCAGUUUCUCGGCUCGUCCUUUCUGCUUGGUUCGUUCGAAUAUGAAUGUGGAUUUGUGAGAAGUGCGGUUGCUGCUGUUCCUGAGCCGACUCUUCGGUACUUUCGAAACUUCUGAUUCCAGGCAUUCCCUGUGAGUGGCGAAUAUUACGAUAAUUCCGUGAGGUCAAGAGAAAUCUGGCCAUAUCAGGGCGCACCCAACGUAGACCCACUUCCGUGGAGCUGAUCGGCUUUUGAAGUGAGUUGUGAGCAGUCGGGGAUUUAUUUCGACAGGUCAAUAAGACCACAUGAGGAUUAACGUUUAACGUUCGGUGAGUUCGUAGGCUAUUGUGAGCGGGUCGAGUAGGAAGCGCAAGAGGUGGCCUGAGUGACAGUGCAGUGAUCCUAGUUGAGCUGAUUUUUCCAUCAUUUGAAAAUCUCCUGUUCCGCCUCCCGAGCGGGUGUGUACAGUAUCCUUCGAAUCCUAAGUACGAGUGAACCUUUGCUGUGUGUUCCUUGUGAUUCGGUCCAGUUUAAAAAAAACGGAAAAGAAGAUCGGUAUUAAGAGCAGAGAUAAAAACGGUAAAAAACGUAAUCAGAGAGAAACUUGUGGUAAAUCAGCAGAAUAAUCCGAGUAUUCCUGGAAUAGCCAGCAGUGCAGCCUGUUCGGUGUUGUUUUUCUUUGAUUGAAAGCCGGGACAAAAGGAUUUUCUCUUAGAUUUGAUCCUUUGGAUUUUCUUUUUUGCCAGCUUCCGUUGUCAUCGUUGUCGUCCGUCUCAAGACAAAACACACAAAAAUAGCGGUAUAAUUGGAGUUCCAGCUUAGGAGUGGAGUAUAAAAUAAGAACGUGGGAGCAUUUGAUUUUCUCGGUGCAUUUGACUAGCACAACCGAUUAAUUAAGGAGAUCGUCACAAGGCCCAUUAGCGGAGGAGAGUAAGAAAAAGAUCUACGGACGUUAUAUUGGAGUGCUGUGACCCCAAAGUAACCUAGCAGAUUACACUUUCAGGCAAACAAAACAGACAAACGACGGGAGUAAAAAUAGUGAAAAAACGAUGACGUGGGACAAUAGGACUCUCACUAUCCUCUUUCUAGUGUGUUGUAUAGUUUGUUCGUCAGAAUCUCGCUAUCGCGACCGGGAUCGACGACGAGGUGAAAAAACGGGCGGAGGGCGGAUGUAUUCCUCAGCGGCAGCAGCUGCAAUGCCCAGCACAUUCCCUACGGUGAAUUUAUGCUCCAAGGAUCGGGAUACAAAGCUUCUGUGCUACUGUUCUCCGGACGAAGCUCCUGCCGUGCCUGUGACGAAAGCUGAUUGUGUCAUCUUGCAUAAGGACUUUCAUCAAAACGAUUCCGCCUGGCAGGCAUUCCAUCAUCAGAACAGCUUAAGGCAUUUGAAGUUCACAGUUCAUCAAACAGGAUAUUUGGACUAUUUGCCGACUAAAUAUUUCCAGCUGCUGACAAAUUUGACGACACUCAGCAUAGAGUACUCGCAGAUACUGGUCGUGAAAAGUUACGCCUUCGCAAAUUUACCUAAUCUCGAGCUUAUCCAGUUGAUUAAUAAUCAUAUCGAAGCAAUCGACCAAGAUGCUUUCGCCAAUCACGUAUCUCUCACGGAAUUGAAUUUGGUACGAAAUCAAAUCACAGAAAUCGACAGGAAUGCAUUCCGCAACCUGCCCGCCCUCGAGAAGCUGUUCCUUAGCUCGAAUAAUAUUUCAAACUUGCACGAGGAUGUGUUCAGUGCAUUGGGAAAACUCAGCGAUUUGAAGUUAGAUCAAAAUCAAAUAUCUGUCCUGACCCGAGACGUUUUCAAGGGUCUGGGCAAUCUGAAAACUUUGAAGCUCACCCACAAUAAUCUCAAUUUCAUUGGAGAUACCGUGUUUGCCGAACUUUGGAGUUUACAAGAGCUGGAAUUGGAUGAUAAUCGUAUUGAGCGAAUUUCGGAACGAGCGCUGGAUGGAUUAAAUAAUUUGAAAACGCUGAAUCUUCGCAAUAAUCGACUGAAAAAGCUAGACAAUGGGGUCCUUCGUGGCGUGCCGGCUUUGCUUUCAAUUAAUCUGCAAGAGAAUCUCCUUGAGACGCUUACGUUUUACAAUGUUCAGCCAAUUAUGGAUAACUUGGUUAACAACACCAGCGAAUUGUUACUCUCAGACAACCGUUUCAUCUGUGACUGUCGCCUUGCUUGGGUAUUUGAACUACGAAACCGAACCCGCUAUCAACCUCUCAGGAUGUCCCUCGGGAAAAUUGAGUGCAUUCCUUACGAGAAUACAAUGCCAUCGAAUGAAGUCAUAAUGAAUGGAAUCUCGGAAAGGAGCAAUAGCGUUAAUUAUAAGAAAUCCAGUUUCGAGAUGCAUCCCAGGGAUUUCAAUGACCGACCGUACAAUGACGAUGAGGAGAACGAUGAUGAGACCUAUGAUUUUGGCACGGAUGCAGUUCAUUUUAUCAGAUUGUCCAGCAUGCGCUUGGAAACCCUGCCAUGUCCUGAAACUCUGCUAGACCCCACCGAGCUCCCUCUGUCGCGCGAAUCGAUCGGGAUGGAUAUUAGGUCUACGUAUAAAUCGUCCACUAGCCACUCGGUGGUGUCCUGGUGGCUAUUGAGAUCUGUGCUGAGUUUAAUCUCCUUAAGAUAUUUAUUGUUCUCCUUAUAGAUUUACGCGUAAGUAUCUAUGAAUAUUCUAAUGCAAGAAAAGAAAUUGAAGUAAAGUUUAAGACCCUAUUUACAUGUAAGUACGAAAAGUUUUAUUUUCCUUAAUAUAUUGUACGCUAUUAGCAUUUAGAGGAAAUACGUCAUUAGUGUGGAAAAUAAAAAAAUUGUGAUUUC